AUGAAAGUAGGAGGCGUGUGUGCGAUCUUUCUGUUUCUGACAUUUAUCUAUACUUCUGAAGCUGGAAAAUACUCUGAGAAUGUUAACAAACCUUUUACAGAAUCUAAGAAACCUUUUAGAAUGAACAAAGUGAAUAUGAUAUGGGAAAAAGCACAAAAAAGACUCUCUAGACCACGCCUUGCUGACCUAUAUGCUGAUCUGACUAUCCAGGAUAAAGUGGAGAGGGAGCUUAAGAAACUAAAAGCUGAAGACAGAGAUAAAGAUGGGAUGAAGGAUGCAGAGGUUCGACAGAGACUCUUAGAAAUUAUGAACAGAUAUGGAUUACAAGAUGUUAUUUCUGUCCCUCCUGGACCAACCAUGUCUAAUGAGAUUCCACAAGAAUUCCAUGAUAAAAAACUCCAAAAAAUGUGGAAGAAAGCUGAAAUGAGCGGGUUUACAGAUGAAGAAUUAAAACAACUGAAAGAGGAAUUUUGGCAUCAACAGAAUAAACUGGAUGAGUUUAAUAGUCUGAAGGAAGAAGGAUUUAAGUUUGAUGAUGUGAUGGACAAUAGUCUUGACCCUUAUAAAGACAAGGAAUUUAAUAAGAUGUCAAAGAUGGAAAGGCAGAUGGAGCUGAAAAGGAGAAAUAAAGAUUUGAAUAACAAAUACCGUGAUCUUCAUGAGAAGAUGGACAAACCAGGUGAUGAAGAGCUGGAAUUCUCUGACCACAGGGUCUAUGAGUUAUGGGCCCUUGCGAAAAAAGCAAACAUGUCCCAUGCAGAACUGGCAGAAUUUAAGACGGAGUUAGGACACUUUCAGCGUCGGAUAUCCAAACACGACUAUUACCAGGAACAGCUGUCAUACACUGAAGAUCUGCUUAAAGAUGAAUUCAAGGAAGGUGAAUUGCCAGAGAAACAUGCAGAUAUUAAACAGCGAGCACAGCACAUGGAGAAAACCGUUCGUAAAUACCAUGCCCAUCUUAAAGACACAGUAGAAAAAGCCAUUAACAACAGACACACAGAGUUAUAAUCUUUAUGAUGUAGGAGUGGCCGUCUAGAUGGAGAGGAGAAUAACACACACAGAGUUAUAAUCCUUAUGAUGUAGGAGUGGCUGUCUAGUGGCCAUCUAGAUGGAGAGGAGAAUAACACACACAGAGUUAUAAUCCUUAUGAUGUAGGAGUGGCUGUCUAGUGGCCAUCUAGAUGGAGAGGAGAAUAACACACACAGAGUUAUAAUCCUAAUGAUGUAGGAGUGGCCAUCUAGUGGCCGUCUAGAUGGAGAGGAGAAUAACUGAUAUUUAAUGGGUGAGAGAGCGGACAUGUGUCUGUGGACAGAGAGUGGAAUAACACUGAGAAUGGAAGAGGUAAAUGACCAGCACAGAGAAUGGACAGGUUAUGGCUGUAGAGAGAAAGGGGAAUAACUCUAAGAAUCAUUUCCAGUUUGAGAGUGUAUGCUUACACACAUGUUCCUUACAUCAUUUGAUGUGGAAUUGGGAGCCAUCACAGCUGGCAUCCCUAUACUUUUCCCAAUCUCAGAUACUGACACAAAUCCUCCUUAUCCAGAUUGUUUUUUUUAUUCUGUUGGUUUUGUUGGAAUAUUUCAGUCUGAUAUGUGGCCAUAUUAGAUAUAAAAUAAACAUCGGACUGAAAUACACUGUAUAGUUAUCUCAUCAUAUCACCUUCUAGUCCCUCUCUGUUGCCUUAUAAGUGCUGAAAAGGGAAAUAUCAUGUCUAUUUGAAUCCUUUAGUACAUCCAUCAGGGAAUUAAGUGUUUACAUUUUUAUGUUUGGAUAAUCUCAGAUAUUUGAUGACGAUGCUUUAUGACACAUAUGUUUGUGUGUUAUAAAGAUGGUGAUCUGAGCCCUCAGAAUCUCUUACCCUGGAUGUCAGUACCUUAACUUUUCACAUUAUCAAAAAUACCAAAGAAAGAUUUACAAUGGAUUUAUCAUGGCCUUAUGAAAAUAGACCUAAAAACUUGUGUGUGUUCCUGUAUAUAUGUAAAGUACAAGUGAUAUAUGUAAAGUACCAGGUACUGAUACAUGUAAAGUACCAGGUACUGAUAUAUGUAAAGUACCAGGUACUGAUACAUGUAAAGUACCAGGUACUGAUAUAUGUAAAGUACCAGGUACUGAUAUAUGUAAAGUACCAGGUGUAAAGUACCAGGUACUGAUACAUGUGAAGUGCCAGGUACUGAUACAUGUAAAGUACCAGGUACUGAUAUGGGUACAAAUGACAGGCACUGAUAUAUGUAAAGUACCAGGUGUAAAGUACCAGGUACUGAUAUGGGUACAAAUGACAGGUGUUCUGCUUUAGUACAGGUAUGGUGUAAACAAUAUUUACUUUGACUCUAUCUCACUGGGAGUCCGACAGGACUGUCAUGAUCUGUAUUCUGUAACUUUUUUUUGAUCAUUUUAUAGUUUAUAAUAUUCAAAAUAUCACAUGUACAUGCCAAAUAAUGUUUUAUAUCACUGCUUUUAUCAUCAUGCUUCCCAACCCCCUAGGACAUAAGAUGAAUCUAUUUCUUCAUUAAAUUCCUGUGCAGGAAGAUACCACUACUGUAACCUUUAGAAGUCCUCUGUGUGUAGAUUAAAUACAGGACUCCUCUAUAGGAGACAUUUGUCAAUUCACAAGUUCAUCACUCAUCCUUUAUGGUUUAACCAAUAGUAUGUUUGUAACAUGUUGACAUAUUUUAUUUCAUUUUUGCAGUUUUAGAGAAGUUGGACAUUUAUUAGCAUAUAUAAAAGUCUUUAGGAAAGUGUCAUAUACACAUGCACACACUGUGCUAUAAAAACACAGAGGUAUUGAAGAUGAUACGUUUCUUAGUUAUUGAUAAUACAUCAUUGUUAGGUUGUGAUUUGUGACAGUGUUACCUGUGAAUGUUGUUCAGAUUGUUUAUUAUUGUACCAAGCAUUUAUAAUGACAUGUACAUCUGUAGGACAUGUCUUUAUAACGACAUGUACAUCUGUAGAACAUGUCUUUAUAAUGACAUGUACAUCUGUAGAACAUGUCUUUAUAACGACAUGUAAUGUGUAGGACAUGUCUUUAUAACCAUGUGUAUAUCUGUAGAACAUGUCUUUAUAACCAUGUGUACAUCUGUAGAACAUGUCUUUAUAACCAUGUGUAUAUCUGUAGAACAUGUCUUUAUAACCAUGUGUACAUCUGUAGAACAUGUCUUUAUAACCAUGUGUACAUCUGUAGAACAUGUCUUUAUAACAAUGUGUACAUCUGUAGAACAUGUCUUUAUAACAAUGUGUACAUCUGUAGAACAUGUCUUUAUAACAAUGUGUACAUCUGUAGAACAUGUCUUUAUGUUAAGAACAUAUCAGUCGUCUUGAAAGGACAUUAAACAGCUGUAUUUGGACCUAUUAGUGAGAAUAUGAGAUUUAUGUCUGUGACAAAACUCGGGGACAAAAUGAGAGUAUGAUUGCAUUUGUUAUUGUAAAAUAAAUUCUUGGAUUGUAAGACUUAAUUUACAACAGACCACUUUGUCAGUGUUCAGGUGCUACUGGUCAUAAAGUAUCAUGUAUAUAAAUGUAUAUUUGCUGAAAUGUGUAUAUAUUUGUAACAACAAUAGACAAAGGUUUUAUGUACAGGUAACAGUAAUCUUUAAGUGCAGUAGAAAUAAUCAUAUCAAUUCUUACUAAGGAAAGUUAUGCCACCAUUGUUGAUACUCAGAUGAUUGUAAUCUUGAUAUAUUUCUUUUCUGAGGUAGAAAUAAAAGAAAUAAUUUAU